AACACAAGAAAAAUCACAAGGCCUAAAAAAUGGAAGCUAACAAGAAACAAGGAAAACAUUUUGUUCUAGUACAUGGAGCAUGCCAUGGAGGUUGGUGUUGGUACAAGCUAAAACCAUUGCUAGAGGAUGCAGGCCACAAGGUCACUGCUCUUGACUUAGCAGCCUCUGGCAUUGAUUUGAGAAAACUAGAGCAACUUCGCACACUUCAUGAUUACACUUUGCCAUUAUUGGAAUUGAUGGAAUCUCUUCCACUAGAGGAGAAAGUCAUACUAGUGGGGCAUAGUCUUGGUGGUAUGAAUUUGGGACUUGCUAUGGAAAAAUACCCACAAAAGAUCUAUGCUGCUGUUUUCUUGGCUGCCUUCAUGCCUGAUUCUAUUCAUAUCUCAUCCUAUGUUUUGGAUAAGUACAAUGAACGGACACCAGCAGAGAAUUGGUUAGAUACCCAAUUUUUACCAUAUGGUACCCCUGAAGAGCCACUCACAUCCAUGACUUUUGGUCCCAAAUUUUUGGCUUACAAGCUCUACCAGUUAAGCCAUCCUGAGGAUCUUGCAUUAGUAUUAUCAUUGGUGAGAACAAAUUCUCUGUUUCUGGAAGAUUUGUCGAAGGCGAAGUAUUUCACAGAUGAAGGAUAUGGAUCAGUGAAGAGAGUUUAUAUAGUGUGUACAGAGGAUAAAGGCAUAUCAAAAGAAUUCCAACAAUGGCAAAUUGACAACAUUGGUGUCACUGAAGCAAAGGAAAUUAAAGGUGCUGAUCAUAUGGCAUUGCUAAGUAUGCCCAAACAACUUUGUGACACUCUCUUGGAGAUUGCCCAUAAAUACAAUUGAUCCAUCUCAACAUCUUCUACUCUUUUGAAUAAUUAGUUGUUGUUGCUUUCAACUUGAAAAAUAAUUACUAGAUGGGUUCUUGAUUGUGUUGUUUCUCUAUCUAUUAAGUGUGUUUAAACAUAAUUGAAUUAU